AUGCAAUCACCUUUAUUCCCUCCACUGCAGCUAACAAAUAACCAAACUUCUGAAUGUUCAAUAUUUAUUCCACAAUUACCUUCUACAAAACCUCAAAUUAGUACUUCUUCUUUGCAAUGUUACAUAAUACCAAGUGAACAAAAUUUAUUUGUUCAAGGUUUUGAGUCAUUUGAAUAUUUAAAUAGACCGCCUACUUUAUUAAGAGGAUGUUUAUGUUUAAAGAUAUUAAAGCCGACUAAAAUUAAAUCAAUAGUUUUAACUUUUAAAGGAAUGCAAAAAACUGAUUGGCCCGAAGGUAUACCACCAAAGAAAAAUGUAUAUAAUGAAAUUAAUGAUGUUAUAACCCAUACAUGGCCAUUUUUCCAAUCAAGUAGUGUAAAUACAAAUAAAGAAAAUAAUGGUGCUGAUUUUUUUAUAGGUAGUAAUAAUGGUAAUGGUAAUAAUAAUGGUAAUGGUAAUGGUGUUCAUGAUUCUGAUCUUUUAUCAGUUGUUAGAUCAAAUACUCCACCUCCAGUAUCAAAUAAUCAAGAUAAUUUCUUUACAAGAAAUUUAAGUCCUAGUUUUAUAAAAAGAUCGAAAUCUCCAUCAAUUUCUUCAGGUAAUGGUGAUAAUUCGUCUACUUUUUCUGAUUUAACUGCUAUAGUGAGUCCCAAUAAUAAUAGCGGUUCAGGUUCUGGUUCUGGUUCUGAUUCAAAUAUGCAAUUUUUACCUGGUGAUUAUAUUUAUAAUUUCGAACAUCCUUUACCUUCUUCAAUACCUGAAUCUUGUGAAGUUACUUUUGGUACUACAUAUUAUCAUUUAGAAUGUAAUAUAAAUCGACCAGGGACUUUUAAAUCAAAUUUACUGGGGAAAUUACCUAUUAAUAUCAUAAGAACUCCAUCAGAAUUAAAUUUAGAAGAAAAUGAAUCUAUCGUAAUUAGUAGAGAUUGGGAAGAUCAAAUUAAAUAUGAUAUUGUAAUUGGUGCAAAAUCUGUUGUUUUGGAUUCUUAUUUACCUUUAGCAUUUAGAUUUGUUCCUCUUUAUGGCAAAGUUGCAUUACAUAGAAUUCGAAUUUAUUUGACCGAAAUUUUGGAAUAUUAUUGUUGUAAUAAAAAAGUUCAUAGAAUGGAACCAAGUAAGAAAUUUUUAUUAUUAGAACAUAAAGCUAAAAAAGGUAGAUCUUUAUUUCAAAAAAAUCCUCAAGAUGAUUCAAAUAUUGGUUUAGAUCAAUAUGAUGAAGAUAUUUUACCAAAAGAAUUAGAAUUUCAAUUAUUUGUACCAAGAGAAUUAAAUGGUAAAACAAAUGCAAAAAUACAUCCUGAUACAAGUUAUGAAAAUAUCCAAGCUCAUCAUUGGAUUAAAAUAUGUCUUAGAAUUUCUAAAAUUGAUCCAGAAAAUCCUGAGAAGAGGAAACAUUAUGAAAUUUCAAUUGAUUCUCCAUUACAUGUUUUAAAUCCAUUAGCAGCUCAUAAUAAUACUUUAUUACCAGCAUAUGAUGAUUUAGUACAACAACAACAACUACAACAACCAAUGAAUGUACCACUACAAGAUUUUCCAUUAUCUCCAGGUGUUACACCUAUAGAACAUACAAAUAAUAAUAGUACCACUAAUAUUCGUGGAUUAUUCAAUAGAAGUAGAUCAACAUCAAAUCCAAAUAGUGAAUUUCCUGAAAGAUCUUUAUCACCAAUUGAAUUUCAUCAUAUUAAUUCUAUAGAUAAUGCAGUUGAAAGAGAUGGUGAUAUGCAUUUAGAAGCAAAUUUAUAUAAACCAAAAGAUGAAGCAUCAAUUACAGUUAUUAAUUCACCACAAGCUCAACCUCAUCCAGAUACAUUUAUAAACAGUCCAAUUCAGAGACCAAUUCAUUUAAUUAGAAAACCUUCAACAAAUCCACCAACAUUUGAAAUGGCAUCUCAAUCAAAACCAAUAAAUCCUCCAGCAUAUGAAGAAACAAAUUCAAAUCAUUUAGAAGUACAUCAUCAUAAUCAUCAUAAUUCAUUAAGUUUAUCACCAUUAAGAAUAGACGAUCCUUCAAUAGAUGAAACAACUACAAAUACAAAUAACAGUACUAGUAAUUCAUUAAGUCUUGAACCAAAUGGGACAGUUCGUGAUUUGUUAAUUAAACAAUUGAAUGGUGGAUCAAGUAAUAAUAAUUUAAAAACACCAAUUCAUUCAAAUGGUCAUUCAAGAACACCAUCUCACUCAAAUAGAUCAAGAAGAGCAUCAUUAUCACCGAUUCCACAACCAUCUCAUUCACAACCAUCUCAUUCACAACCAUCUCAUCCACAACCAUCUCAUCCACAACCAUCUCAUUCACAACCAUCUCAUUCACAACCAACGGUCAUAAUUCAACCUCCACAACAAGAUAUUUCAGAUAUACCUAUUCCACUAUCUCCUAAAUCUCCUAAAAAACGUAAUUCACAUUCAAGAAAUUCAUCAAUAUCAUCAAUGAAUUCAAAUGAAGAAUUACCAAUAGAAUAUACUAUGCCAUUAUUGAAUCUUUCAGAAACAUCAUUAAAUCAACCACAACAACCACAACAACCAUAUAAUAGUAAUAGAAAUCAAUCAGUUAGUUCUUCAAUUUAUGAUUUAUCUUAUAAGAAAUCAAUUACGAAACCAAUUGGAUUUGUAGAAGAGGAUAUAAAUACAUCAUUAAAUCAAUUAAGAAAUCCAAAAUUGAAAAAACAUUAUCAAAUAAAUAAUGAAGAAAGUACAAAAGUUUUAAGAACCAAGAGUAUUGGAGUUGUUAAUAAUUUUGAAACUGAUGAUUAUAUUGAAGGUCAAAGUAGUUUAAGUUCAAAUGAAGAAUCAACAAAUACAAAUGAAAAUGGUGGGAAUGAAAUACCGGGAUUUAAUAUUGGUUAUAUAAUGUAG